AUGUCCGAGUCACCUCCGCCGCCCCCAUCGUGGACCAUCAGCAACAUGGCCAAUAGCGCAGUAGCAUUCCUUCGUCUUCCCGUCCUAGCAUCGUCUGGUCUGGCAGUGGUCGCUAGCGGCCUGCUAUACUUCAAGCAGAAUGAAUUGAUAUACCCCCGCAAUGUCCCGGUCGAUGCGCGAACCGAAGUACCGAGUCCCCGUCAAUUCGGCAUCACCGACUUUGAAGACCUCCAGAUCCCUACUCCAGAUGGCGAGUCAUUGCACGCCUUCUUCCUGCGCCAACCAAAAUCUCGCUCUCAACGCAACAUCACCGUCCUGAUGUUCCAUGGAAAUGCUGGUAACAUCAGUCACCGAGUGCCCAUCGCCAAGGCGAUUCAGGAUACGCUCCAGUGCAAUGUUAUUCUGCUGGAAUAUCGGGGCUAUGGGAUGUCGACUGGCACACCGGAUGAGGCAGGCUUGAAGAUCGAUGCUCAGACCGGUCUGGACUACAUGCGCCAGCGCCCCGAGACUAGGGAUACCAAGUUCGUGAUCUAUGGUCAGAGUCUGGGUGGUGCUGUAGCCAUCAACCUUGUUGCUUCCAAUCAGGAGCAGGGCGAUAUCGGUGGCUUGAUUUUGGAGAAUACCUUCCUGAGUAUCCGCAAGCUGAUUCCUAAUAUAUUCCCACCUGCUCGAUACAUCGCCCGCCUGUGCCAUCAAUACUGGACGAGUGAAGAAGUCCUCCCCAAGAUCACCAAGGUGCCGAUUCUCUUCUUGAGUGGACUCAAGGACGAGCUUGUGCCACCGUCAAACAUGACCCAGCUCUUCGCUGUCUGCAAGUCUGAGCGCAAGUUCUGGCGAACACUACCCAACGGCGGCCACAACGACUCCGUAGCCGAACCAGGCUACUUCGAUCACAUCCACUCCUUCGUCCGGGAGGAGGUCGAGAACGAAUAA